AUGGCUGGUGGCAAGCGCAGCUCGCUUGGGACACUCACCACUAUCGUGUUCGUGGCGCUGGUUGGUGUUCGAAGAAGUUUGCCAGGCUUUGCCAGUCAGUCUGCGCCACUCCGACCGUCAAUCAGAUCACACACCGUCAGACAUGCAGAAUCUCCUGAGUCUCCUGAGCCUCCCUUGGACGAGAACUCCGUCGUGAACUCCCAAAACGCCAUCGUGGCACGAGCACAGGCCAAGGCCGCGAAGAACCCCAAGGAGUUUGACCUCGAGUCGGUGGUCACAGAGGCUGAAGACGCGGAUGAUGAGAGGUUAGCUCGCGAGCUGACGGAAUACGACGAUAUCUCGGACAGUAUUGCCCUUGCAGCAGUGAGGGAUGCUGAGGACAACAAUCCAGAGGUUGAAAUUGAACUGGCACGGGUGAAAAGACAACAAGAAAUCGCCCAGGCAGUUGUGAUCCCUUCGGGUCCAGUAUAUGACGUCAUUUCCCUGGUCGACAAGUAUGGAGGACCCAGAGAGGUCUAUGAGAGCCACAGGAUAGCUUCUCAGGCGGGCUAUUUUCAGCAACUGCCACAGUUGAGGAGAUGUGCCUGUAUCGCUUGCAUCGCGCAUAUGUUCAACGUGACAACACUUCCCUGUCAGGAUUUUGUCGAGAAGCACAACCAGUCCGCUUACGAGAGCUACGUUGAGUUUGAGCAUGCAUCGGGCUCCAAGCUGGUUCUCGUGGGCACAAAUCAUCUCUCCACGAAGUCUGCCAAUUUCUCUCGCCAGACCGUCCUCCGGGAAAAGCCAGAGUGCCUGGUCAUCGAGCGACGGAUGGGCGAUGAUAGCUUGCAACGCCUCACUUUGCCUGAGCGGCAGCUUCAGGAGCAGUUGAUGAGCAAAGCCCCGUCUGUCUUUCUGUCAAGCGACACCGACAUCGAUCGGGCGCGAAAGUUUCAGACUGAUCGGAUGUGGCUUGAGGCCACUCCUGGCUGGCGAGACAUUGGUGGUGAAGCUGCGAUGAGCCAGGAAUUUGGCGCAGCCGUGGAGGCCUUUGUUCAGCUGCGAAAGGAAAGCAAGGAUGGACUUGGUCCCAGAGGUGGCACCUUAUGUUUUGGUGACUCCGAUCUUCGACCUAUCUACAAAAGGGAAGUUGAUGCACUACCUCCCAGCUUGAAUGAGCUUGGGAUCGGUGCCAAUGUGGCCCUCCGAGACCUUCAAUUUUCUCAGGCACUGCGCGCUGCUCUUCGAACCCACAAGAGUGUUGUGGGCAUCAUUGGUGAUGGGCAUUUGGCUGGCAUCACUCAGCUCAUGAAGCAGGAUCCCAAGAUUCGUGUCGUGAAAGAGGGCGUUCCACUGCCACCGCCAGAUUGGGAUGCAGAUCUCAAGGAUGGUGGCCGGAAGUGGGAGAAGGAAGCCCUUGGCGGAGCCAAUUUGUUUAUGCGCCUGGUGGAGGCGCUGGAUGAGGCUCCACUUGGCAGCUGGAUUGGUGCUGAAGCUGUGCUGGAGUUGGAGGCAAUGAAGGAGGAGACAGCUCAGCGCAUUGAAAAAGAUGGCUUAGACGCCGAACCUGCGGCCCCGGUCUCAUCGCAGUUGGGUGCUGAUUUUUCGGGCCGCGGGUUGCUGAUCACCCCAAAGACUGAAGCAGAUCUGAGGAGAUGGCUCUCUGGGGAGCGACUUGAGGGGCAAGAAGUUGGCGAGUUCCCAUUUGAGAACAGGAAACUGCGCAAGACACCCUCAAAACUGCCAAGCACUGGUUUUCCAUACUCCAAAGAGGAAGCAGCCAAAGCUGAAGAAGAGGAAGCAAGCAUUGCUGCUUGUACCACGAGCACCAAUACGAGAUUGAUCAGCGAGGCCUUGACGUCAGUGCUGUUGGGCUCGCCACUGCGCAUCCCUGAGGGUGAGUUGGGGGUGUCGUUUGCACCCAAGGACCUGCCAAAGGUGCGGGUUGGUGUGAUGGAGGAUGGCAACAAGGUUGUGAUUGGAUGGAUUGGCUGGUAUGGUCACAUUUCUCGGAUGCAAGUGUUCCACUGGUGCAACUCUCCUUUGGAUGAGAAGUGGGAGGAGCUAGAUACAGUGUACAAGGCGGCAGAAGCAAUACAGGACUGGAUGCCGCUGCACUUGGCACUCUCAGUGGUGUCCACCGCUGACUUCCAAGUUCUCCCACGGGAAGCCUCCGAAACGUGGACCGUGGCUGACACGGGCAAAGCCGUACCUGGGAGCGCUGUGUGGCGACAAGUUGGAAGAGCACGACGUGUGUUUGAGGCGUACCGUCUUCACAAGCCACUUGAGCGGCUUCCGUGCUGGUAG